UCGACGGCGGCGUGGCCGAUAAGGCCGAGGAGGGGCGGAGGGGCGGGGACAGCAGCUGUAAUCAGGCCGCGCAGCAGAGCCUGGCAGAGCAGCGCAGGUGCACCUCACCUCGGCCAGUCCUCAGAGUCCUCCCCACACCGGCGGUCAGCUGAUAGCCGCUCAGGAACCCGCCCGCACCGGCCGACACACGGACCACGACGCCAGCCACCAUGAACAUGGACACGACCCCCAUGCCCAUGGACAUGAGCACCCCGAUGGACAUGAGCGGGGGUAGCGGGAGCCACAUGAUGAUGAAAAUGUGGUUCCACGGCGGCACCAUGGAGAUGGUCGUGUUCGACUUCUGGAAGGUGACCGACGACGGAAGCAUGGCGUACUCGUGGUUCAUCAUCUUCGUCCUCGCCUUCCUGUACGAGGGCCUCAAGUACUACAGGGACUACCUGUACGGGAGGCACGCGCGGAACUCGGCCCUGCAGGCCGCCCGGGACACCAGCAGACUGGCACUCGACAAGAACGCCGACCUCCACAAGAGCUGGAGCGGGACCGUGUUCACCCCCUUCCACUUGCUCCAGACCUUCCUGCACGCUCUGCAGUACUUUGUGUCCUACCUUCUCAUGCUCAUCUUUAUGACGUACAACUCGUGGCUGUGCUUGGCCGUCAUACUCGGCGGCUCCUGUGGCUUCUUCUUCUUCGGCUGGAAGAAGGAGAGCUCCAUCGACAUCACCGAGCACUGUCAUUAAAUCGACUUUGGAGCCACAGAAUUGAAUUUAUCUCUGCUGCAAAGUGGCUUAACAUACAUAAUAACAAAUACCUCCCAAAGUUGGAUUGUGUAAAUAAAGUUGAAGGAGGACAAACAAA